CAUUGUCGAGGCCUGCCACAAAGGACCGUCAUGGAAAAUCGACGGCUCUUCGAGCAGUACAAUACUCAGCGCAAAUCAGCAGCUCCUUCGAUCCAGCAGCGCCAGAGCUUCUAUUACAAUCAACAACAACAGCUCGCACAGUCGCGUAGAUUCGCGGCGCACUCGCAGUUGUACUCGUCGCCUGCACGACCGCAGCAACAGCAACAGCAGCAGCAGCAGCAGCAGCAGACGCGCUACCACAAUAAUAUUUACAGCAGCAGUACAGCUGGAUCAGCUGGCGCAGCAUCGCAGCAGCAGCACCACCACCACGGCCGGCAGCAGCGCUCGAACGUAGCAACAAUGUCGCAGUCGUCGUUCCAGCAGUCUCAGCACAACGACAAUAACGACAGUGACAGCCAGCACAACAGUAGCAAGAUGGAAGCUCCUGGGACUGACAGCGGCAGCAGCAAUGACAAAAAAAAGCCACCACCCGUCGACAAAGAGUCGGAUCUACUAGGUCUGCUGCGCUUCGCCUCGAUCGUGAAAAAUUUACCACCGCCAGACCCAAGCAUCGAUUAUAUCAACUACGAAAAGCCCGUCAUCUAUAAGAAUCCGGAGCACUACCCGGAGAGCUUUCCGACUUUCGAGUCGAUACGCAGACUAGGCAAGCUCUGCGAUGUCACUCUCAAGGUCGACGAUCAGAGCUUCAGCGCUCACAGGCUGGUGCUGGCGGCCACCAUACCCUACUUCCACGGCAUGUUUCUCAACGACAUGGCCGAAAGCAAACAGAAAUGCAUCACGCUGCAAGGCUUCGAUUCAAUAGCUCUGGAGUCGUUCAUAAAUUACGCCUACACGGGCCACAUCGUCCUGAACAACAGCAACGUGCAGAGCAUCAUGGUGGGCGCCGCGUUCCUCGGUCUGCCCAACGUCAAGACGGCCUGCGCCGACUUUCUGCACUUGCGCAUCAAUCCGAACAACGUCAUCGGCAUACGCAACUUCGCCGACAUGCUGAGCUGCCCGCCCCUCCUCGACCAGUCGACCAAGUACAUACAGCGUUACUUCGAGGACGUCUCGCGUUCCGACGAGUUUCUCGGCCUCGGCUUCGAGGAGCUGCGCGAUCUCGUCACCUGCGACGAGCUCAACGUCAGCUCCGAGAAGGAAGUGUUCGAGGCCGUGACCCGCUGGAUCAAGCACGACUGUGAGCAUCGCAGCGACCUUCUGGCCGAGCUCAUGUCGCUGGUAAGGCUGCCUCUGCUGCCGCCCGAGUACCUCGUCGACACCGUGGCCAAGGAGGAGCUCGUACGCACCUCGCAUGAGUGCAGAGACUUGUUGGACGAAGCUAAAGAUUAUCACCUAAUACCUAACAGACGAGACCUCAUUGAAAAAUUUAGAAUCCGACCGCGCUGUAAUUACACAAAGGGAUACAUUUUUGCAGUUGGUGGUCUAACAAAGUUCGGCGACUCGUUGAGUACGGUCGAGGUCUACGAUCCCUUUACCGAAAAGUGGGAAAUCUCCGAGCCGAUGACGACGCUGAGAAGUCGCGUGGGAGUGUCUGUGCAUAAAAACAAGGUAUACGCCUUCGGCGGCUACAACGGCUCCGAGAGGCUGCGAACCGUCGAGGUCUACGAUCCGGCAAUGAAAAACUGGAAAAUCGUCUCUUCUAUGCACUGCAAACGAAGCGCCGUCGGUACGGCAUCCUUGAACGAUUACAUCUACAUUUGCGGAGGCUACGACGGCGUGACGUCCAUGAAAACCGUCGAGAGGUAUUGCCCGGAGACCGACAGAUGGGACAUGGUGGCUUCGAUGAACAGGCAUCGCUCCGCUGGCGGAGUCGUGGCUUUUCAAGGAUACAUCUACGCUCUGGGAGGACACGACGGCCUCUCGAUUUACGACUCGGUCGAGCGAUACGAUCCGCGCAACGACACGUGGACCCUGGUCAAGCCCAUGCUGACGCGACGAUGCCGUCUGGGUGUCGCGACCCUCAACGGAAAGCUCUACGUCUGCGGAGGAUACGACGGCUCGAAGUUCUUGUCAACGGUCGAGGCAUACGAUGCAAGAACCGACACAUGGGAGUACGUGGCACCGAUGAAAGUCACGAGAAGUCGAGCGGCCCUCGUUGCCAAUAUGGGUAAACUGUGGGCCAUCGGAGGAUAUGAUGGAUUCACGAAUUUGUCGACGGUCGAAGUCUACGAUCCCGUCACGAACGCAUGGACCUUCGCCUCGUCCAUGUACGCGCACGAAGGCGGAGUGGGAGUCGGCGUCAUAUUGCAGUGAUUUCCCAAUCAGUCAUUUAAUUUUUAAUUUUAAUUAAUUUUAAGGGGUAGAGUUGUGAUCGGUGCUAAAAUAAUCGUGUAUCAUGAGUGAACUUGGAGCUAUAAAUAUUUCAAGUCGUUGUAUUGAAAGCCAAAAUUUUUUUAAUGUACCAUAUUUGACUGAUCUAUUUUUAUACUCAAACUGGUAUAAUCGCGCGGAGUAUCUAUUAUCAUGAUGUAUCGUUUUAAUUAUAAAGAUCUUAAUUGUAUUAUACAUUAUUCAUUUUAAAAAAACAAAUACGAAUUUUGACACUACAAUCAAGUACCAUGACUAUAUAACACACGUGUAGCGAGUAAACGAUCUAAAUUUUAAGUUGUAGAUAAAAAUUCGUCAUAAAUUUAGAAUAUUCAUAUAUUUACUCACCGUUCUGAGUAGCUCAUUUGUAAUGUAACUCAUAAUUAAUUCUGUUAAGCAACUUAUAUCUUGAAAAAAAUAUUUACAAUUGUACACAGAUGAUCUCAAUUUUUUUAUUUUACUUUUAAUCUAUACAUCAAUUUUAGAUAGUUUUUUAUAAUUUGUAUCGAUGUUUUAUACUUUGUAAGGUUCAUCAAAAUCAUAAAAUAUAAAUAUCAAACAUCA